AUGUCAACAACAACAACCGUCACUGCCCAGCCCAUCACGGCUGAGGCUAUGCUCCGUCUCUUCCCUGACAUUGACACCAGCUCGGAGCCCUUGUCCGGUCACGAUGAGGAGCAGAUUCGCCUCAUGGACGAGGUCUGCAUCGUCCUCGACGAGAACGACAAGCCAAUUGGCACUGCCAGCAAGAAGAUUUGCCAUCUCAUGACCAACAUCGACAAGGGCCUCCUCCAUCGUGCCUUUUCCGUCUUCCUCUUCAACGACAAGAACGAGCUGCUCCUCCAGCAGCGCGCCACCGAGAAGAUCACCUUUCCCGACAUGUGGACCAACACCUGCUGCUCCCACCCCCUCAACAUCCCCACCGAGACGGGAUCGAGCCUCGAGGAUGCCAUCGCCGGCGUCAAGAGGGCCGCUCAGCGCAAGCUUGACCACGAGCUUGGCAUCAAGAAGGAGCAGGUCCCCUUUGAGAAGUUCCACUUCCUGACCCGAAUUCACUACAAGGCUCCCAGCGGCGGAAAGUGGGGUGAGCAUGAAAUCGACUAUAUUCUCUUCAUCAAGGCCAAUGUCGACCUCGACGUCAACAAGAACGAGGUCAGGGACACCCAGUACGUCAGCCCAGAGAAGCUCAAGAAGCAAUUCGACGACCCCAGCCUGGUCUUCACUCCCUGGUUCAAGCUCAUCUGCAACUCGAUGCUGUUUGAGUGGUGGGAGAACCUCGACUCUGGCCUGGACAAGUACCUGAACGAGCAGGAGAUUCGCCGCAUGUAA